AUGGCGUCGGACGAUUCGUGGACGUACGCCCUGGAUGUCUCCAUCGCGCACGUCCGCGCGUUCACGAGCGCGUUGAGCUCACUGCGGCUGGCGCGAAGGCAACGAGCGAAGGUUCGCGCGGACGCGAGCGGGUUAGCGAUCGCGACGAGCGAUGAUUCGAAGACGUGUCACGCGAGCGCAAACUUUCGAAGCGAAACGUUCCGUUCGUACGCCUUGGACGAAACGGCGGCGCGAAUGGCGAGCGGAGGUGGGGCGCGGGGACGAGGGGCGUCUUUUGAGAUCGAUCUCGCUGCGCUGAUCGAUGUUUUGGGGGCGUUUCAAGGGAAGGAUGGCGACGCCGAGGCGCGCGUACGGUGGCCGAGCAGAAGCGGGGCGCUCACGAUCGAGUUAGAGUGUGCGAGGGGAACGGGAGAGCGAGAGUUGCGACAAGGGGUGUGCGCGGAGAUCAUGCCCGAAGUAAGCGCGGAAGGGAGCGCGGAGACGGAGAUGAGCUUUCGAGACGAGGCGAACGCGUUCAUGAUGCCGACCGGUACGCUCAAGGAGAUAGUGGACGAUUUAGAGUGGCCGUCAGGGGAUGUGGACAUCGAGAUCGACGAGAAUUCGCUCAAAUUUAGUGCGCACGGGGCGGAAAUCGGUGAUCUCACCGUGGACGUUGACGUGAGCGAGGGUAGAUUGACGGAGUUUACGUGUCGCGAGCCGAGCGUGUCGCGGUACAAGUAUCGAUUCCUCAAGAGUGCUACGUCGGUUGGGGCGAAUUUCCUAGGAAGUGGGGUCGCAGGCGGAGGCGAUGACACAGUGACGAUGACGCGCGUCUCGGUGUCCAGCGUUGGGUUCUUGAAGGUGGUGCACCUGUUGCAUCUGAGUCGAAACCGGAUGUCGUUUACCUCCGGUGGGAUAAAUGAGAGCAUGGUGCCGGUGACGUUCAUCGUGAAUCCGGUCGAGGACAUUGACGACGAUGCGGAUGGGGAAGACGAAGAGUAG